AAAAGAAAAGACCCCAACCUAAAUUACACGAUGUUAGAACUUCGGAGGCAGAAAGAAACGAAACAAAUUCGUUCAGACACACACCUCCUCCUUCGUAUCCGUUUAUUCCCCUAACGAUUUCAUUACAUUCAUUACCACCGCAAAUGCAAUCCAAAUCCAAAUUCAAAUUCAAAUCCAAAUCCAAAUCCAAUCAAACUUCAACCUAGGGUUCUUAAUUCUUUCUUAUUCCUUUCACAGAUCUCGCUUCCCGCGAAUUUCCGCAACGGAAAAAUGCACGUGAAAUCGGCGCACUCGUCGUUCCGGGAUCGCACACCGGAGUUCCACAGCAUCACCGAGCGGUUGAAGAAGUCCGGAUCAGGGCCCAAUGGGCCCACCAGCAGUUCUUCCCGAUCGGAGGAACAGCGAUCCGCCAUCGCAAACCAAUCCGAGUUCAACCGAAGAGCCUCCAAAAUCGGCUUCGGGAUUCACCAAACGUCGCAGAAGCUCGCGAAGCUCGCCAAGUUGGCGAAGAGGACUUCGGUUUUCGAUGACCCUACCAUGGAAAUCCAAGAGCUCACGGGUGUUAUAAAGCAGGAUAUCACCGCUCUGAACUCUGCGGUUGUGGAUCUUCAGUUGCUAUGCAACUCUAGAAACGAGAGCGGAAACGUUUCUACGGACACCACUAGCCAUUCGAGCACGGUGGUCGAUGAUUUGAAGACGCGGUUGAUGAGCACCACCAAAGAGUUUAAGGAUGUUCUCACCAUGAGAACUGAGAACAUGAAAGUGCAUGAGAAUAGAAGACAGUUGUUUUCGUCUUCUGCUACUAAGGAUUCUGCGAAUCCUUUCAUUCGGCAACGGCCGUUGGCUGCAAGGGCGGCUGCUAGUACUUCUAAUGCCCCUGCGCUUCCGUGGGCUAAUGGGUCGCCAUCUUCGUCUCAGGUGUUUCCUAAGAAGCAAGUGGAUGGGGAGAGUCAACCAUUGUUGCAACAACAACAACAGCAGCAACAGCAGGAGGCAGUUCCGUUGCAAGAUAGUUACAUGCAAAGCAGAACUGAAGCUCUUCAGAAUGUUGAGUCCACUAUUCACGAGCUUAGCAACAUUUUUAAUCAGUUAGCAACACUUGUUUCCCAACAAGGAGAAGUGGCCAUCAGGAUUGAUGAAAACAUGGAUGAUACAUUGGCAAAUGUAGAGGGGGCACAAGGGGCUUUGUUGAAGUAUCUCAACAGCAUAUCUUCUAAUCGGUGGUUGAUGAUCAAAAUUUUCUUUGUACUAAUAUUUUUCCUUACAGUUUUCUUAUUUUUUGUGGCAUAGUCAUUGGGGUGACAAAGAAAUGAAAACAAAGACGCGAGUGUCGGCCUUCUGUAUUUCUUCAAUAUUUAUUUCUUCAAAUAUAUAUAUUCAUUCCUGCAGAGUUUAACUUAAGACCAGGUUUGUCAAAUAAUGUACGUAUUGAUAUACAUGUAACAAGGUUAAGAACCGUGUGCACGAUUAUUAUACUACAGUGGAGGUCUUCUGUAAUAUUUAAU